GUGUGAAAGAUGAGAUUUUAACUUUGUUGGGAGCAAGUUGCAGGCGACAGAGAUGGAACCAGUCGCGUGAAGAAUGAUUGAGCUUCUCGAAGUACGAGGGGUGGGCGCAGAGCUGCAAGACGGCGCGUUCCUGCUCCUAAGAGAAAACAGUGGGGCAUGGAAGGCAGCCUUGGCAAGUGCAACCACUGAAAGUCUGCCUCAGUGAGCUGUUGUACCUUGAUGAACUUCCAUUGCAGUUGCCUGCCCACACCAGCUCAUUGAUUCUUCAGACGGAGAAGCCACCACAGAAAUUUUUAACUGCCAGGACACCUAGCUUUUCCUUCUUUUCUACAACGUACCUCCUCCGACCAAGACUGCCCGUCAAAAGCACAGACUCCAAACCAAAAAGACCAGCCCAGGUUUUCGGCACCGACCUUCGAAGCCCCACCUGAAAGCGAAGCUGGGGAAGGCCCCUGCCUGCGAAGCUAAUUCUUGGCGCGACUUUGCUUCCCGCCCGCCGCGACUUAACAAAGGCAGCGAGGCCAGCGGAGACAAAUCGUAACCACACAUCGCCAAAUCGUGAUUCACUUUCCCCAGGCUUCCGACCCUGCCACGGCACUCGAGGGCAGCCAAACUCUAGGUCGCCGGCGCUCAAAACGAUGAGAUAGCCGUGUACCAUCCAGCGCAUUCCAAACGAGGACCUGAGCUGCGACCUCGCACCUCACCAAAUCCUCUCACUACAAACCCAUCCCAUUCCCGACAUUCCAACCGCUGCCACUGACACCAUGGCGGUCGACGAACUCGACUUUGCCAAUCUUAACGACGAGGCUUGGGCUGAUGUCGAGGCCCGUGACGAAGCCGCCAUCAAGAAGAUCAACAACGCUUUUGAGGACGGCGAACUCAAUGGCAUCAUCGGCAAUGUCGCAUCAGGCGGCGCCAUCGACCAGGCCGACAAAGCCGACGAUGCUAUCGACUUUGAAGACAUGGAUUUGAGCGACGAAGAUGACCUGCCCGAGGAGGAGGAAGCGACGGGCCCGCCCUUGGACGUUAAUGACGAUGAGGACGACCUCUUUGGUGACGCCGGCUUCAGGUCCUCCCCGGAACCCGCUGACGGGCUAAACGACGAUAACGACGCCGAUUCCAAUGCUCCUGAUGCAGACGGUAUGGAUAUUGACGAGCCUGCCAAGUCGCUGGAGGAACUGCGGGCCAUGAACUUCGACUUUGAUCAUGACCCUGGCCUGGACGAAACCAACCAAGAUCCCAACAUUCCGGCCCCUGCCGAGAAUCUCGUGGAAGCCGUCAAGCAAGCCUACCCGGGAUUCAAGGAGAACGCUGUUCUGCCUUGGAAUGAACUUUUACGCCCCAAAGUUGCCACCUGGAUCUCCAAGAAACCUCUGAAGCCUCCCAAGCACCUCGUGCCGAGCAAACUGAGCUUGGAUUUGGAGGCUGAUCAGGAGAAGCUUUUCAGAAUUCCCGGCACUGCCAUGUAUUCGGUAUUUCAGAGGAUCAGAGAUGCCGAGGCGCGUGGUCUGUGGUCUCUAGAGGAGUAUGAGCCCCUGGAGCAAGCCGAUAUUGAGGUGUUCAGCGUGGACGAUGGGGAGUCUGGCGAUGAGAAAAUAGGUGGGUACACCCUGCGCGACAUCGCCCUUGUGUGCGAUGACUGGGACAGCGUCGUCGGGCUUGCCGAACUCCAAAGCCAAAACCAGGUCGACUCCGUCACUGAAGACAGGCACAUUAAGUCUGAGCCUGACGAAGAUGACGAAGACGACGAGUGGGAUAGAAUGUUUCUGGAUAACCAGCCUGCCUCGAAGAAACGGCGGCUGGAGAUACCAAAAGGCCUCCCGCCUAUCCCAACCUUUACAGCACCGAACUUUGACAAUUACGAACAAGCUGCCUCCAAGCUCGGGAAGCGCGUCAUACUGGACAUGAACGACCCGUUCCUUCUUGUGGAUGAUGUCGAGUCGUCAGAACGAGCCGCCAAGAGACGCAAGACCCAGCACAAGACGGUCCGCCUGGCAAAUGGACGCCUUGGCCGCGAAUUGACCCAACGAUUCAACUUUUCUUCGGACCAGGCCUACGAUGCCCUCAAGGAAAACGCUCAGAGCAAGGUUCGCGCGACGUUGGCGCCCAUUCCCGUCGAGCACAGUAUGCCUGCCCAGCGGCUGUCUUGGCCAUAUUACAAGGUCAAACUUACUGCCAGCGACCCGCACAGUUAUCACCGGCCGCAAUUCCAUCCAAGGAAGGAUGGUCAGCAUCUCAUCAGGUUUUCCAAGCCUCAGCCUACAAAGCGCAAGUUGAUGAGGGCCAAGAAAAUUCCAGAGGCCUUCAGGACAUCUGCCGACCUCUCAAUGAACGACAGCUCCACCGCUGUACUACUGGAGUACUGCGAGGAGGUUCCCAUUGUACUUUCCAACUUCGGCAUGGGUCAAAAGAUCAUCAACUACUACCGUCGCUCAAAGGGCACUGACUCCAACUCUAAGGGAGAGAAGAGGGAGCUCGGCGAGAACUGUGUCUUGAUGCCUGAGGACCGGUCUCCGUUUGCCAUGGUUGGCCAGGUACAUCCGGGCGAAACUGUGCCUACUCUUCACAACCAGAUGUUCCGAGCCCCCAUCUUCAAGCACAGCCCGAGAAAGACUGAUUUUCUCGUCGGUCGCAGCUCCACCGGCAAAUCAGGGGCGAGCUGGUACAUUCGCAACAUUGAUCAUCUCUUCGUCGUCGGUCAGAUUCUUCCCUCGAUGGAAGUGCCAGGACCUCACUCCCGGCGUGUGACCAACAUUGCCAAAAACCGCCUCAAGAUGGUUUCAUAUCGCCUGCUCAGGAACAGCGACAAUGUCACGCUCAGCGAUAUCACAAAGCACGUCGCCGAGUCCAACGAGUCACAGAACCGUCAGAAGCUCAAGGAAUUUUUAGACUUCCGCAAGGAGCAGCGCAACUGGACGCUCAAGGAAGGCGACGAAAUGUUGCCGGAAAGCGAGAUCCGGUCGCUUGUUAGGCCUGAAGAGGUCUGCCUGUUGGAUGCCAUGCAGGUGGGCGCACACGAACUCGAGAACGGCGGCUAUGAAGUUAAUGACAGCAUGGUCAACGAUGAGAAUGAAGCCGGUGACGAGCUACCUCCGGAUGCACUUGCUAAUAAAAUGGCGCCGUGGAGGCUCACCAAGGCUUUCAUUGAUGCGAGCCAUGGCAAAGCCAUGAUCGCUGUUCACGGUGCGGGAGACCCGACGGGCAAAGGUCUCGGCGUCAGCUACCUCCGCACCUCGAUGAAGGGUGGUUUCCUAGAGCAGCUUCAAGGUCCCAAUGCUACAUCCGCCGAUGCCAUAGAGCGACAACGGAAGGCUAACGGCGGGCACAUGUACAACGUCAAGAACCAAGACACGCUGUACAGUGAAGCUCUCAAGGAUAUCUGGAACCGCCAGCGAGAAAGUCUGCAGGAUGCGCAGGAGCACGAUGACGACGAUGUUUUGGCACAGGAAGACGAGGAUGAUCGCUUCAACACCCAGAGUCAGGCUCCUUCCCGCCCGGCCGUCCCCGAUGGCGUCAGCCAGAUCAGUCAGAGCCAUGCCAGCGCUGUGGGUGGUGGCAGAAAGCUGAAGAUCACCCGGCAAAUCAAGGAUGAGAACGGCGAGCUUAAAACUGUUGAAGAGGUCGUUCACGACCCCGUGGUCAUCAAUCAAUACCUGAAGAGGAGGCGCCAACAAGCCAUGGAGAAGAUCGACUUUGACAAUAUCAAGCUUACCGGAGACAAGGAAACCGAUACGCUCAUUCUUGAAAAAGCUGCGAUUGAGCUCGAGCGUCUACAGAAGAACAAGAUCCGAACAGCCAAACGCACCAAGCAGAAGGAUCUCCAGCAGCGCAUGAAGGAAGGCGGCGCCGACGGCCCCGAUUCACCCGGUCUCGGCGGAGAAAAGGUCCCGGGCACGACGAGGAAGUGCGCGAACUGCGGCCAGGUCGGCCAUAUCAAAACCAACAAGAAGCUCUGCCCGCUUCUCAAUGGGUCUCGACCCCGCGAGCAGAACCCCGACGACGCUGCUGGACUUGCAUCUGGCGACGCGCCUGUUGCGGCCAGUUUCAUUCUUUGAAGAGAGGAGUGUCUCCCGCCGUUGGAGCGAGAUGAAGGGGGUAGGGGUGGGAGGCGCCGCGGUGCGGUGCGGGGGGUUGGUAUGCUAAACUUGCAGUUCUAAUUUGGAGCUAUCGAUCAUGGUCCUUGAGGCAGGAGACUGUACGGCAGUCGGGCAACCAAUCUAUCUGCGACGUACCGGACAUCGACCUUUGGCACGCUAGACACGCCAACCCGGUUUACUGGCCAGGAAGGAGAUCACGGGAGGAGGCAUGGAGGUUUGUGUGGGGAUACAGUAGAGUAUUUUGAGGGGGGAUCGGUUUCUCACUUGAGGCUUACUUACUUACAUCAUACCCCUUUUAUUUGCGCAGGCGUUUGGUAUUUGAUUGAUGUACUCGGUAAUUUGAGGAGGGACAACAAUGGGUAUCUAGGGAUGGGUGGGGGUUUCACGGUUUUGGGAAAAGAAGGUGGGCGGCUCGGUCUAGAUUACAUUUGGCGUUACCAAGGGGACAAGACUAAAAGGUCAUGGCGUUCAAGGAGAGUGUCUUUUCAACUGCAUUGAGGGGGCUAGGAUCUGGCGCUCUAUGUCUUGAGGUGGGGGGAGGUUUCGCAGUUUGAGGAUGAAAGGGCGUUAAGCUGGGGAUAUCAAGAGAGAGCGUGUUGAUGUUAGUGGAGGUUGUUGCAGUGUACAUAAUUAUGGAAAUCGUGUAUAAUGAAUGCGAUACAUACCAGCCCUAUCAUGGGACUUGGAUGAGUGGUGAUCAAUCU